AUGUGCCUACGUCUUCCACUCCCCGUCGCCGUGGGAGGAUGGCAGCACUUUGACCUGCAGUCAGAGCUCAAGCUCACCUUUGUGUACGACACCGCCAUCUUGUGGCAGGACGGAAUCGGCAGCCCGCCGGAGGCUGAACUACAAGGAUCCAUGUACCCCACCAGCAUGAGGAUCAACGAGGAGGGACGUCUAGUGGUCAACUUCAAGACUGAGGCCCGCUUCAGGGGACAGUUUGUCAUGUCCCACCCAGGAACCACUCUGUCGUCCAUGGCGAUGUGUGCUGACCUCUCUGGCCUGACCUUCACCCUGGCCCUGAUCCGGACUGAGCCCACCUACAACCAGCCCAUGCAGCAGUGGAGCUUCGUCUCGGACUUCGCUGUGCGGGACUACUCUGGCACGUACACAGUGAAGAUGAUCCCCUGCAGUGCCUCUCCCAAUGGGGAGUUCAGCAUUCCCCUGUGUGUCACCCACGAGAACCCCUCACCUUCCACAUGGACAUCCGCUUCCAGCAGGUCACCACCACCACUGCAUACCCACAGUUUCUGGCAGACUAGCAUACCCAAGACGCUAGAAUCAAGAGGAAACUUUGUGAGUGACCCGGUGGCGGCUGAGUUCAGUCUGAACACCCAGAUGUUCCUGCUGUCCAAGAGGGAGCUGUGGCUGUCAGACGGAUCCAUGGGCUUCGGAGAGAGCACCGACACAGCCUUCUCAGAGG